UCGCCGGUAGUCAGUACGCCCCGCGACGUCGACGGGACUUCCUCCUCGUUGGUCGUCGUAGAUUAGCCUAGGCACUAGUCUUUCAUAUGAAUCGUUAAUAGUGUUAUAGGUGUUAAACAGUCUAAAGCACAAGGCUCAUUAACGAGACGAAUUUAAUUCCAAAACGUCCAUACAUAAAAGCGCACAAUUACGCGUAGUAACCAGUGAAAGAAAGAAGAAACAAUAAGGGAGAACAAAACGGAGAUACAACGCGAGGAGGGUCACAUAGUUAUAUAGAACAGAGAUUGAAGAAGGAAAUAUAUAUAUAUUUUCCAAGGAAAGUAGUAGGGCACCCGUAACACGCCAAGGAGUUUUAUCGCGUAAAGGCGGACAAACAGGAUAAAGAGUCGCUGGUCAAGAUGGGAUGCAGUAUCAGCAACGAAAGCGUGCAGCCUGUGGCUGAAGGAGCGAAGGAGGAAGCUAAGAAUGUCGAUAAUCCAAAGUCAAACGACAGUGGCGCCGCGGAAUCUAAGGGAAGCACGAAGGAAAGUGGACAGAAGCAACUAGAGCCUGAAAAGGAUAUCGAGAAGGGCAAAGACGAGGCAGCGACCAGAAUACAAGCAGCGUUUCGGGGCCACCACACCAGGAAGAGUAUGAAAGAAACGGAAGUGUCGACAAAGCAGACGGAGGCUACAGCAGACCAGGAACCAACGAAGGAGCAACUCCAGGAGGAAUUCCGUUCCGACGACAAGGAACUCUGCGACGCAGCGACGAAGAUCCAGGCGUCGUUCCGGGGCCACAUGUCGAGAAAAGAGCAAGCGGCUUCGACGGUGGUCAAGUCGGCCGAGGAUCUCGUUGUGAUGGCAACAGGAAAGAUCGAAGAAAAGGUGAACGAUGCGGUUAAUGAGUUGGAAGGAAUCGACCUGACGGAUCCGGAUCUGCACAAGGCAGCCACCAAAAUCCAAGCGAGCUUCCGGGGGCACAAGGUACGCCAGGAUGUGGUGAUGCCGGCGAAUCCUGAGACCAAGAAGUAGAGCGGAGAUGCGUGUCGGAGCUGCGAGACGUGCGAUUCUCGUCCUCCUGUGCGAAAAGUAGACGAGACGGAGUUUAGAGAGGGAUGCAGGAUGGGCUGAUUUUGGAUUAUCGUUUGUUUUGAUGUUUGAGCCUCCUUCGGGCGACAGUAACGUGUCAGGAUCAACCUACGUCAUUGCUCCGAUAGUCGGAUCACCCGCCGCUCUGCUAUUGACUACAUUGGGUAGAUCUCUACUCGUUAUAUAUUUUUGUCUACUUGCAAGGAAAAAGAAAGAAAAAAAAAUGUUUUUGUUAAUUAUUUCUUUAUUGUAUUUUUUAUGGGGAGAUUUUCUUCGUUACAACUACCGAUUCGGAAUGAGUUAUUGUCCGAAAGAGGCUCCUUCUCUCGUUUCCCGUACGACGUGCCGCUGGAAAUAACGGAGGAUCGAUCGGCUGUUGUAUUUCCCUGGUCCUCGAGAAGGCAUUUGAUAUCAGUAAUGGACCAAUUACCUUUCUAGAGGGGUGACACCAGGAUCGAUGAAAUUACUUCAGUCUGAUGAGCUUGUGUAUCCACAUACUUUGAUUCGAUUCAAUACUUCAUAACGCGUGAUACGGUAGCUAUUAUUAAUGAGAGCCGAUUGUUAAUAGUGAUUGAUUAUAUGUUAGAUACACUGUAAGAAAACAACAAUUAAUUAAUGGUACUGUGGUCACCACGAGAUCAGCGGGCAGAACCGUUUAGGAGGGUAGGGAACGUGCGAUAAAAUUGAAUUGUAUCUUUCAAUGAGAUUAGUCGGACGUUGUUAGGGACAUGAGAAAGAUGUAGUAAGGGUCACUGAGAUUAGGAAAGAUUUUUUAAAAUUUUAUCAAUUGGACGUACGGUUGUAUUGUCUUUUUAAGGUGGGAAAUUAAAAUCGAAGUAUUCAACUGUUUCAAAAAUUAUGGACAAUUUAUUUUGAUUCUCAUUGUACUACGGUUAUAUGAUUUUAUAUUUUAUCGCACGUUUCUCAAAUGAUAAUUAAGACAUUGCACACUGAUUAAUAUACAGGAGGACGUGAUGGGUUCUCUACAGCUGUCACGUUGUCCUUCGUGCACUACCGUGUGAACGGGGCUUAAAGUUUCUCAACUUAUCUUUGCCGAUCGACUAGUCUAAGGAUUGCGAAGUGAAUACGUUAGACAAAAACGAACCUGGCACUGGCAACACUUGAUAAUCAUUUGAAAGUUGUAGAUCUAUUUAAUUUUUGGAAUUAUCCUUGUACUCGAAGAAAGGAGGAACAAAAGAGAAAAAAAGGGAAGAGGUAGAAAUUCACAAUUACCGGGAGAAAAGUAAAACUUUAACUCUUCGAUUUUUAUUAAUUACAAAAAACUAAAGUUAUUCAUAUACUAUACAUUAAAGGAUAAACUAUUAAUAACUAAUCAAGAGAAACGCAUGCUCUGAGACACACAUUUAACCAAUAGUCAUACGGAAGCGUAUUGCAUUGAUAAUAUAUUAAGAGUUCGUUCCGCUAUGUUGAUAAUAAUUUAUUUUUCAACGAUAUAAAUAAUAUAUAUUUUUCUGCGUUAGAUUCUAUACUGUAUUCGUAUAGCUUGCGAUUUCUAGACGCAAUGUACACCUAUUAAAGGCGCGUUUAGCGUAGAGGAAUUGGCAAUUGACAAAGGAAUAAAAUCUAGCGUUCUGAUAAUUUAUUCUAGUCACUCUUUUUCUUUUAAGCAAUUCUAUCGAUAAGUACGACGUUGUUUUUAGCAGGCCUAAAAACUGUAUGUGACGCGUUAUCACUUGUUCUAUUUAUUUAUGUUUAUGAUCUUUUUGUGCAAUAUUAUUCUACGUUCAAAGGUCGACUCGGCUGUAGUGCAUUUAAAAAUUGGGAAUUCGCAUAGGUUUGAGAAGAAGAAAAAAAAAGUGGCAAAGGAAAACAUAUUUUAAAAUAAAAGCAAAACCGAAGCAAAAACCACAAACGAGCUAGUGGCAAAAUAUUCAAAUAUUGAAUUUUUGUGGCUUUUGACAAGUUGUACACUGCAGUAUAUUACGCAUUCACUUUAUGUUAAUCAAAGACUGCGUAAACGGCCCAUUAAACAUACAUAACGUUAUACACGUCCUCCUCGUUCAAAGAACGAUAUUCGCGGCUCUUGGAAGUACCAAUGUUGGCUAUGAUCUACGUGCGUAUAACAGCUAUGAGCUGGAUCGGCCAUUAAAGCAUUCGCCUUCCGGGGAAAAAACUAUUAUAUUCUUAUCCGAACGUCGUAACGGGCUUCUUUCAAUUUGUUAUCCUUUACCAUCAAAAUAGACCGAGCUCGACUAACCGCAAGAAUCACCAUCUAAAUAUAAUAUACUGUAUGUACGUACACGGAAAUAUGUGCUCAUAAAUUUAUACAGAGGUACCACCAUCGAUUAUUAACAUGUAAUGUAAACUUAAACGUUGAUGGUUAAAAAAUGAUGAAAAACACGUCUCGCACGUAGCCCAAAUACCCAAUUGGCUGUCGAUGGCUUCCACGCAGGCUAAAGAAUUGGAAGGAUUUCACGCGAAGCAAUAAGAAAUCGUGAGAAAAUGAGAAGAGAGCAGAAAGGGAUAAAGUAAAAGGAAAUACACAUUAACGAAAACCCCCAUUGUGCAUGGGACGGACCAUAAAGUUCACAGCGCUCGGUCAAUUUUAUUCAGGGUCGUCUCAGAUAUUUCGUUCGGGAUGUUUUUUACGGCACACGUACGAUCCUUUUACGUAAAAAUAAAAAACAAAAACUGUAACUACUGCAGUUAAACUUUAUAUACACGUAACGUCCUUGAUAUCUUUGUAUCCUGAAGGUCUUGAUGAGAGGAGGGUGGGAGAAGGGGUACACCUUUAAAAGAAUAAAAAAAAGAAAAAUUUUACUGCAUACUCAAUGACUUUGUUGCUCAUGCAUAGUGAAGAGUAAUAUCGACUGUCUAGGUUACAUACGUAGGACUUAAUAACUUUACGUUUUAUUUUUGUCGCAAAUACUGUUUCAGCUACGUUAACGCCGUUUAUUCUGCAUUCCGCGUUACUUCUAGAAUGUAGGAUAUGUGCUUGUAGGGAAACUAACGAGUUAUCGUGACUAGCACAGCCGUCGUUGAAAAUGUCUGUCAUUAAAUGGGCUCAUCGAAUAUCGACCCUACAACGUGGAAUCAAACUGUUGAGUAACGUGUAACAGUGAUGGCAGUUGUAUGGAAAACUUUUGGAAUUGUCGAUACAGUCAAAUGCAUUGUGACGUACUUAAAAUGGUACAGGGAAAAAAAUUUAAAUGGAUGUCGGUCCUAAAACACUGGAUACCAUUCUAUCGUUAUGCGAUCGAUAUAUUAUAAUAAGGCGCUCGGAGGUAGCAGUAAAAGUAGAAUUGGAGCUUUGCUACUCUUUUUUUCGCGAAAUGAGAAAAUAGAGGAGCGUGGUAGGCGAUUGAGUCUGUGUUAUUGUAUAUUGAAGGGAAUCACGAAAUUGUAGCUUAUUAGGGGAAGCAUUCGAUGGCUUAUUUUUUUAAUUUAUUGAAAGGCACUUUUAGCGACAGGAUUUUACGAUUCCAAGUGUAGUAUACUAAAUAGUGAUGCACGCGGUGCUGAGCUGAAAUAUUAUGCUGUAAGAGUGUAACAAAUAAUUGUAACGUUUAAACGAGCAGUAUCAUGUACGUAAUCUGUUUGUUUAAAAUAAAUACCCACUAAAUGUA